UUGAACUCGUGGUGAUCCUCCUGCCUCAGCCUCCCAAGUGCUGGGACUACAGGUGCACCACCUGGCCAGUAAUCUGUUCCUACACCCAUUUCUGCUCUCCACUGGGCCUGGGUUGUAUAGGGUCUCUGAAGGAGAGCAGCUCUUUUUGCAUCCCCUCUGGAGACAUGGUUGGAGGUCUCUUUCAGGCAGUCAUAAAGCCAUGUGUGUUUUUGGAAGCAUUUCUUCACCAUCCCCCACCAUUUAUACUGGCUUCUGGAUGGGUGUUCCUCCUAAGGGGUAUGAGAAAUUUACCCACCCCCUAAGCCAGCUGUGGCAGCAGUCAGGGCUGUGCUAUUGCCCUCCCUCUGGGCUGGUGCGGCUGGCCAUCUUUCACGCAGUUAUGUAAGCUUGAGUCAAUUGGGACUCAGAGCGGUUCAUUGUGGGCUAUUUUUAAGCUGCAACACAUCACAGCAGAGGGGUCACUGCACUGCCAGCUUGCAGGGAAGGUUGUUUAAACAUCUGUUAUUUAAAUUUCCUUGUGUCUUAGAGCUUAGAAGCCCUAUCCCCUCAGCACUAGUGAGUUUUGCCUUCCAUAUCCCAGAUUAGGAGUGGAUUAUCUCCCCUCACCCAGCUGUAGGCUCUCUUAGUGUUCUGUUCCUGGGCUGUCUUUCUUUGAGGUCAGGCAGUGGGGCCAGAUCUUUUAUAGUGUGGUUCUGCCUUCAUGGAAAGGCAGUUUUUCCUGGUUGGGAAAAACUUCAGGGAAGCAAGAGGUUGAGGGCUCCUAGGUCCCUUGGGUAGUUCCAGGGGGUCAAGAGAGGGAGGUGGAGACUGAGAAUGCAUCCCUUCCUCCUUCUGGCCUCUGUUUCCCAUCAGCACUGAGAGUGGGAUCACAAGAUCCUUUUGGGUCUUUUAAGAAUCCUGCCUUUGUCUGGGCUCUGCUAGCUGGAAGGUCCUCCCUCCACAGACUCAAGUGCUACCCACCUGUAGCCUCAGGAACAGAAGGGCUGGUGCAUGUGCUUCUGGACAUUGGGUAGGCAUGAAUCUAUGGGGAAACAGGUCUCAUUUUUGUAUCCUUUAUAAAGUGGAUGGCUACCCUGGAAGCCCUUGAAGGCUUCUUCUGAUCCUAGGUUUUUGGAGAUGGCCAGAGACUUCCUAGGCCACUAAGAGUGGAAGGAACAUGGAUCUAAAGAGCACAAGUCCAGAGAUUUGACAGACCUAGCCUCCUUCUGAGGGCUGUGUUGGAGAAGCAGGCCUAUAGACCUGGUAGGCUAUAGAGCUUCCAGUAAUGUAACCUUUUGUGCCUUGAUGACCUACCUUCCUGUCACCUCUCUGUGGUCCCAAGACCUCCUAGGUAAUAGGGUUUUACCUUGAUCUACAGGGGAGGAGGGCUUCCAGGGUGACUUGACUGUCUCCCCAGGGUUUGGCACCUUUCCCCCAGCCUGUCUAGGAGGUGAGGUGAAGGUGAGGGGGAAGGCAAUGCCAGGAAUUGCCUUUAUAGGGUUUAAUUCAUCUGAGCUCCUUCCAGCUCCUCCCUGCACCUACAGCCCUCAGCCUGGGGAAUGGGCUCAGCCUGGGGGAGGGACUCUCUAAGUUGCCAUGGCAACAUGUUGGCCCUCCUCUCUUCCCAGAUUCAGAAAUAGAAUUGGACGCCCUUCUUCCUGGUGAGAUACUAUUUAAAAACAAGUGGGUGGAGGGCACAGGGGCACUAUCCUAGGGGCUGGCCAGGAAGGGUCCAGAUUGGCUGCCUCCAUACCUGCCCUGCUGCCCUCCCCUUAGCUGAAUGAAAUGGGAAUAAGCUUUGACCAGUCAAGAAUUCUAAAUGCAAAGACUAAGCCAGCCUCCACAGCACGUGUAGCUGGUCCAUGCUCCACACCACCAGGUUCCUGGGAGGCCACUGGCUUAGUGUUACUCAGGAAAGAUACCCCUCCCACAUCUGAGCUACCUGCUAAGCUAUCCAGAGGAAGAGCAGAUCUAUGGGUGUGGGGCUUGGGGCUGCAGCACUAGAAGCGAGGUAUGCUGGCUCCUCUCUGUGCCUGCCUGGCACUGGCAUGGCAUCCACUCCUGGCACCACAGCUUCCUGGGGUUGCCAUGGGUCUAGAGCCUGGUGGCCUAGCUUUGGACUCUGGUUCUACAGUACACUAGCUAAGGCAAGCCUCUCCUCCCUUUCUGGGCCUUGAUUUUCCUCAUCUGUAAUAAAGGUACAGUAGUGUUCAAUUUAUAGAACUUCUACGAGGCUCAGUUGCAUGUUCUACAUAUUGCACCAGCACAGAAGAAGAAUCUGAUCAACAUCAGUCAUAGUUAUUUCUGCUCUAAGCUCUUUUGCUUCCCAGGUGGGAAAGCUCUUCUCUCUCCUGUAUGCCUGCUUUGGGCUUUCUUCUUAAGCCAGGAUCUUCAGCUGGUCCUUUUCUCUUCCCUCAGGAGACCCCAGGCUUGUUGCUUACAAAGGACCCUAUCCCUGGAGAGGAGGGCCAUGCCUCACUCUGUAGGAGAUACAGGAUGGCUCAGUCAUCGGACAGGAAGGGAAUUCUUCAGGCAGCCCCCCAUCCCUUCCUAUUCCUCCUAGGCACAGCCCAGCUUCAGUGCUGCAGAGGCACUAGAGGAUGCUACUAGAUCAAUGUCAUGAAAAAACAACAAGCUUGCUCAGACCAGAGUGUAACACAGUUAAUAGUAUUCUGCACGUAUGUAUGUACACACGUGGAUGCACACACAUGCACAGCCCACAGACCCCUGGAUUCUACAACCUUUCCUGAGUCAUAGCAUGAAGGAAAACAGUUUAACUCCCUGGUGCCUGCUAUCUGUCCUGUUUCUUAACCAAAGACUGCAUCUGAAGAUGGGGAGAGGGCCCAGGGGGCCUGAGAUGUGGCCGAGUCAGGCUAUGCCCAGCGCUGAGUCAGAAAGGUGCAGAUUUAGCUUAGUGCUAGCCUUGGUCCCUGGUCACAUAGCCUCGCACCCCAUGGCCAACUGCAAACACUAUUUUUAACCUCUGUGAAAACACAUUGCUUCAGAGGACAAGCCUAUAGCUACAUUCUCCACAAACCUGUUUUCUGGGUGGAAAUACUGAGGCCUGAAGGGAUACAGCCCUAGUAGACAAAGGGAGGAGGCACAGAGCUCAGAGCUGGGUGAGGGAGUCUGACCUUGCCCCAGGUCAGAACCUCCAGACCCAAGAUCAGGACAGUGGAGGCUCCCGAACUGCUUCUAGUCCUGUUUUCCGUUAUGCAGGGCAGCUCUAGGGCUGUGGGAGGGAUCAGGGAGGAUCCCACUCUUCCCUUCCGUGUCCCCAUCUAAGAAACAGAGGGUGGAAUUGCCACCCCCCCGUUUGAUAGCUUAUAUUUCUUACCCAUCUAACCCACAUCUGGGUCUUUGUCCAGUUUUCCUUAUUGUAAACCCAGCUCUGUGGCCCUGUGUGUUCAGCCCUGCACCUGCAGUGUACCCACUGUGUCUCUUCCAUGCCCCAUUUUGUAAUUGCCCUGUGGCCACUGUGUCCCAGCCUUGAACCCAGUGCCUUGCCCCCUUUAUAGCAAAGGUGAAGCUGACACAGUAUGACAAGAGCUAGAACAUUCUGACUUGAGGAUUCUGAGCAGAGGCUCCACCCCCACCUCCGCCACCCCCAUCCUUACCCUUCCUGGAUAUUGGUCCAGGGCUUUACAGACAUGUGGCUCUGGGGAGGGGGCUCUGUGAGGCAUAGGCAGAGGAGAUCCAUCUGGAGCAGCAGAGAUUGCCAAGGAGCUGCUGUCCCUGGAGCCAGAGCUGGGGAACAUAGUGGAGAGGAGCCUAGGCCUGCUGGGCCCCACACCCUCUUCUGUCUCCUAGGACUAAAUGGUAAAGGGGCUUUGCCUCACUCCCAAAGGGCCUAUUGCUAGGGGCUUCCUCAGAGUCUCCCUUGACCACCUCUCUCCCCUGACCUUACCCCAGAACCUUCUGAGGCACUGCCCUCACGCUGGGGCUGGCCUGGGCAGAGCAGACUGAUGGGGUAAGGUGAGAGGAGGCCGGCAUAUAGCUGGCCAACUUCACGGGACCCAUCAGCUUCUCUGCCUCACAAGUAGGGGCCUCAAGGCAGGCCCCUACUCCUCAGGAGUGGGGCUCUGGUUUGUCACACUGGCACCCCCCCCCCAGGUCACUGGGGGCUAUGAUGUGUGGUGUCGCCAUAGCAAUGAAGUAGGGGCAAGGCACCUAGGGCACGAAGCAGGACGAUGGAAGCUACCAAGAAGGUGGGGGACCAUGAUCCAUCAGGCCCUCAGGGAUACCCCUCAGCCAGCAGCCAGGAACUGGGGGGUGGCCUCAGAGGAUCCCAGGGACCGUGGAUAAGCUCAGAAUCCCUAAACUUCAAGCAAGGGUUGUCAUCAUCCACCAAGACCAUCCCUGAUGAGGCCUGUGGCCCAGCUUCCCAGGCCAGCAUCCCUGAGCCCACUCACCAAGUACACCAGGACCUUACUCAGCUUAGCUCCUCAUGCAGCGAUAUGCAGGCCUCCCAGGAUGCCCCUAAACUCUCUUCAGCUAGCCUGUUUCCAAGCCGCAUCGUGGGAGCCCAACAAGAUCUGAUCAUGGACGAUGGGACCCUGAACCUAGCAGUGUGCAUGCAUAGUAACAGCACCAGUGACAUGAACCAGCAUGGAUCCUGCUGCUCUCCGAUUCAGGUGCAGCUUGAGGGGGAGGGCAAAGCUAAAGUCCUGGUAGGCUGGGGUAAGGGCUCCUGCAACAUUGACCAUGUGGCCCCUGUGAACAGCAGGAAAAGUUGACGGCUACCCUACUUCCUCUCAGGAAAGGGUGGUGCAGCUGAAGACCAAAGUUUUCUGGCUUCAGCUCUGGCUUCAUCUCAGGCUCCAGCCCAAGAUCAGGGGCAGAGCAGGAGCCCAUGUCCAACUCAGGCUCCUGCCCUAGUUAGAACUUCUUUGUUGUCACCAGCUCCUCCAACUUCAAGUCAGGCUAUUAAUCCAGCUCUGGAUGCAACUCCUGGAGUUGAACCUUACAACUGUACCCUUGACCACCCAACUGGUAACACUGCAGUCACCAAAGGCCUGUCUCAAGACCUCUCCCUCAAGAGGUGUGGCAAUCAAUGGCCAAUCCUCUCAGAAUCUUCUAAAAUGGUCAUAUCUGGCCAGCACAAAGUGAAUUUUUACUCUAAUGGGGAGCCUCCUCCCUCAAUACCCACUCCAAAAUUGUUCCCAGAGCAUGCCCAGGAGCACAAGGUUGUUGGAAGACAGGUGCCAUCUGAACAGCCUGAGAACCUGGCAGAGAAGCCUCUGGUCUAUACCUCCAGGCCAGACACCCCCAAACCAGGGCCAGAGCCCCCAGGUACCCCCAAGUCCCAGAGGAAUAACCAGAAGAUUUGCAGUUCUCAGCCAGACAAGCAACCCCCCAAUGUCUGCAAGAGCAUUUGCUCUAAUGUGCCACUGUCUGCUAACCAAGUAACCUGUCAUAAGCAGUUACCACCUCAGUCUUCCAGGGAAGCCAUGCAGAUGCCCUCCUCCAGUGCCUCUACUUGUCAGCUCCAGGAAGGUAUAGAAGACUGGGUGCUGGUGUUCGAUAUGGCCAUGGGCAACACCAGGAUGGGGCUGCUAUGCCAUGACACUAUGGGCUCACAGGCAGUGCUGGUGGGCCUCAAGCCCCGCCAACCAUCUGUCUGUCCCCCUGAAAAUAUCCUGUCCACCCAGCCACUGGCCAGGCCCAUUCUCUCCCAUGCCAGUGAUCAUUCCAGCUUCUGGUCCACCACAGCCAUGUUGUCCAGCCCUGUGCCUUCUAGCCGCUCAUCUGGUAGCUACCGAGAGGCGGCCCUGGUUCCCAAGGAGGCCAGGCUCAACCUGAAGUCACAGAACUCCCCUGGUACUGAGACACCUACCAGGGUUGGGAUGCUCACUGGACAUGUUCCACUGGGAACACCCCUCCAAUUUGGUGAGGAAAUACAGGCUCAUUUUCGUGAUCCCAGCUUGUCUAAACCUGAUGUGAAAGAAAAUGAAUUUAGUCGUACCAUCUGGAUGUUGAAGUCCUCCCCAGAUGCCUCCAAGGUCCAGACAAAGAAACUGCAGUAUAUGAACUCUACUUCACCAGCCAGUAUCCAGUUGGUGCCCAUAUCUCUGCUCCAGCAGGGUGUAGGCAGCCAUAACCAGAAAGAUGACAUUACCACUCAUUCCGAUAAACCUCAGGCUGAAGAUGCUGAGCAGGCCCCCCUCACUGACCAGACCUUCCACAAUGGGCAGAACCUUCUUGCUAGACAGCUACCUGUAACUGAGCAGGGGUUACUAACUGGCCAUCCCCCCUCUACCAGGCAGUCUCCCCUUACUAGUCAGCCCCCUUUCAGUGAGCAGACCCCUCCAACUGGGCAGCCCCCUCUUGCCAUAGAGCUUUCUUUCACUGAGGAGACACCUUUCACCCAGAAGCCCCCCAUCAUCAAAGAGCCCACCAUCUCAAGAAGACCCUUCACUUCUGAGGAGCCUGGCCAGCCCUCCACCCAGGAAGGUGAGUCCUUAGGCCUGCCUACCGAUGUAGGGGUACUUCAAGUGCCACUGACUCCCAAAGAGACCUGUAACUAUGUGAAUAGAGGCAAAGUUGACACUGGUAGCACUCAGAACCCCAGUAUGCAUCAGCUUUCAUCAUGGCAACCUGGGAGCUGUUUAAGGGUCCAGGAGGAACAGCCUUCUCUGAUCACAUUUACCACACUUGGCACUGGUUGCAAAGUCUUGCCCGUUGCCAUGGUGGGCACUGAGCACCAGAGUGGGAACCAUUUCAAUGUGACAGCUGAGGACAUUGUGCAUUCAUCAGUGGUUGCACACCUUGGUCCACUCCAUGGGGCCUGCUAUGAGCUGGUGUCUACCAUGGAUACCCUGCCAAGUAGGUCAUCAGUGCUUUGCUACCAUGCAUCAGGCCCCUACCAGGACAUGGCAGCAGUAGUGAUUGAUACAGGCAUGGGAUUCACCAAAUGUGGACUGGCUGGAGAGGACCAUGUCCUCACGGUUGUACCCUCACAAGUUCAGCUGUUACAGCACUCAGCCCAGGGCCGGCCCCGGUAUGCAGUCCCUGAAAACCAAGACAGCUCCUACCCAGUGCUGAACCGAGGAGUGGUCUCCGAUUGGGAUGCACUAGAAGUGCUAUGGCAGCACCUGUUCUACUGCAGGCUGGGGGUGCAGCCUGAGGAGCUGGCUGUGCUUGUGGCUGAUUCACCCAUCUCACCGCGCACCAACUGAGAAAAGGUAGCUGAGAUACUCUUUCAGUGUUUCCAUGUGCCAGCCAUGCAGACAGUGCAUCAGGCCCUGCUGGCACUCUAUGCUUAUGGGCGUACCACUGGGCUGGUGCUGGGAAGUGGCCAUGGCACCUCCUAUGUAGCACCCAUCCUCACUGGGCACUUGGCCCCAUCUGACACCUACCGGCUAGAUGUGGCUGGUGCUGACCUCAUUGACUACCUGGCUCAGCUGCUUCUAGCAGGUGGCCACUCACCACCCAAAACAUGGCUGGUCCACCAUAUUAAAGAAGCCUGUUGCUAUGUGGCCAGGAAUAUGGAAGCUGAGCUGGUCUACACCCAGGCCCCAGUGGACUUUAGGCUCCCGGACAAGCAAGUUAUCACACUGGGCUCUGAGCGCUUCUGCUGCCCAGAGGCUCUCUUCCAGCCCAAUCUGCUAGGCCUCAACCAGCCAGGCCUCCCACAGCUGGCCUUGUUAAGCAUCAGUCGGCUGGAGACCAAACAGCAAGAGCAGCUGCUGGCCAGUGUAGUACUGGAUGGUGGCAGCACCCUUCUAAGUGGCUUCCCUGAGCGCCUGAGACAGGAGUUGGGCCCUGGUGCCACUGUGCUGGGCUCUCCCCACCAUGCAGUUGCUGCCUGGCUUGGGGGCUCCAUCAUGGCAUGGAGGGACUCCUUCAAGAGCCUGUGGCUCAGCCACCAUGAGUAUGAGGAGGAGGGCCCAUGGGCUAUCUACAAGUACCAGCUGUGAGCACAUAAAGUUCUGGUUCUGGUUACUUUAAGCACUGGUGUAUGUUUCAGGCAGAGGGUGGUACAGGGA